UGGGUGGGGGAAGAAAAAGCUAAAUCACAUUCAGCAGUGUUGUCAAGCCAAAUGUGAAGACAUAUGACCAGCCCUGAGUGGGCUGGGCCCUCUGCACUAACUUAAUAUAUCUUGAGUCAAGCUAGAAGUGAGAUAACCGUUAGUUUCCUCAAUCUUCAGACAGUCAUCGAGGAGAGGGCUCUGUUCUCUGACAUCCAGUCUUCAAAUAUGAAAUGAGAAGAAAUAUUUAAGCAAAUUCCCUCAGAGGCACCGUCUACAAUCAGGUUGUUUUUUAGGGUGACAAAGGGGCUAAGUACUAUGGAGCAGAAGGUAUCCGUGAGCUCCCCUCAGGACGUCCCGGUUCCUCCAAGCAGCCUGGGCUCCAGCUCAGGUCUACAAUACGGCGCUCUCACCAACAGCGUUUCAUCACUUGCACCGCUCACAGCAGACAAACCAGUCAUUUCCCAGAGACGUGCCUAUGUAGCCAUAGCAGUGCUCUGCUACGUCAACCUGCUCAACUACAUGGAGCGCUACACGAUAGCAGGUGUCCUUUCUGAGCUCCAGAAGUUCUUUGAUAUCAGUGACAGUACGGCUGGACUGCUGCAAACAGUUUUCAUCUGUAGUUUCUUACUCCUGGCUCCCCUCUUUGGGUACCUCGGGGACCGCUACAAUCGCAAAUACAUCAUGCUGUGCGGCUUGAGCGUAUGGCUUCUGACUGCAGCUGGUAGCUCUUUUGUCUCCAAGUCGCAAUUCUGGCUUCUUCUUCUGUUGCGAGCACUCGUCGGUGUGGGGGAGGCCAGCUACUCAACCGUUGCUCCCACCAUCAUUGGAGAUCUCUUCUCAGGGGGUCGGCGGAGCGUCAUGAUCUGCAUCUUCUACAUCUUCAUACCUGUAGGAAGUGGUCUUGGAUACAUCACAGGGGCAGGGAGUGCUAGUCUCACGGGGGACUGGCGUUGGGCUCUCAGGAUCACUCCCAUCAUGGGUGUCGUGGGACUCAUCCUGAUGGUGUUUCUGUGCCCUAACCCGCCCCGAGGGGCUGCAGAAACCCACGGAGACGGCGUGACGGCUCACAGCUCUUACAAGGAGGACGUGAAGUAUCUUCUGAAAAAUAAAAGUUAUGUGUGGUCAUCGCUCGGCGUGACGGCUCUGGCCUUCCUCACCGGGGCCUUGGCUUUCUGGAUGCCCACUUUCCUGGCCAGGGCACACAUCACCCAGGGUCUCCGACCUCCUUGCACUGGGGAAACCUGCAACUCCACAGACAGUUUUAUAUUUGGUGCUGUGACGGUGGUGACGGGCAUUCUGGGAGGAGCUCUGGGCACCACCUUAUCCAGAUAUUUCAGGGAUAAAGUUACACAUGCGGACCCUCUCAUCUGUGCUGUGGGCAUGCUCGGAUCAGUCCCUUGCCUCUUCAUCACCAUUUUUGUGGCAUCCUCAAGCAUUCCAGCCACCUAUGUGUUUAUUUUCUUUGGUGAGUUACUGCUCUCUCUGAACUGGGCCGUCCUGGCUGACAUCCUGCUGUAUGUCGUCGUACCAACCAGAAGGGCAACAGCAGAGGCUCUACAGAUCACCUUUGGCCAUCUUCUUGGUGAUGCUGGGAGUCCGUACCUGUUGGGAGUGAUCUCUGAUGCUAUACGCUCCUCCAAUCCUAAAACCCACGACUGGAACUUCCGCAGCCUGAUGUACAGCCUCCUCCUGUGUCCGUUUGUUGGGAUCCUGGGCGGAGUCUUUUUCUUGAUCACCACCAUGUAUAUUAAUAAAGACAGGAAAGCAGUCCAGCAACUGGUUGAAGAAGAUCUACACCCAAGGCAAGGCUCCACACCUGAUUCCUCCAUGGAGCUGAGCAACAAGAGGACUGUGUGAAAACAAAACAAUUAAAUAAAUUAGUCUAUUAAUGUAUAGUUGAUGGUAAUGUGUGUGUGUGUGUGUGUGUGUGUGUGUGUGUGUGUGUGUGUGUGUGCGUGUGUGUGUGUGAAACCCAGUUACAAUCUCACAACGGAGUGCCUGCUACCCACAGCAAUACCUCAAAGUGGCAAAUCUGGUGCUUUCAGAUCUGAUCAUCCCAGUAUUACCACCCAUUUUGAAGCAUUGGCCAGGAUACUUGAAAAAUAAGUAUAGCUAUUUCUAUGUAAAUACUGUUUUUGUGUUUUAAAAAAAUAAUAAAACAAUUCUUUAACCCUUGAA